AUGCCCAUAGCGGACGCCGAAUGGCAGUUGGAGGAUGAAGAGCGUGAAGAACUGAUCGAUCAAAUGGCUAUUACCUUUGCGCACCAGAAGGCUGUGGGAUCCUCGUUCGAAAUUGGACGUACGUUCUAUGAACAGGUUCUUGAAGCUGAACCCACCGAACCUGAGCCUGUCUUCCAACCUGCCUUUACUAUGGAUCAUGAAACUGUUAAAUCGCCACAGAGUCGUUCAAGCGCCUGGAUCUCUCCACGCUCACGAGCCCCUGCGUCGAUGCAGCCGUUCACUUCCGUGGCAUCGCCCCCACUAUCGGCUACGCUCUCGUCGCCGCUCUCGUCGCCGUCCAAGGCCCUGCCUCCUGCCCCAUCCGAGUCUGGGGCCCAAGCCACCGUCCCAUCUCAUACACCAAACGAACAUGGCUCUCCGCCCAUGCCAUUGACCCGUGCUCCGUUCUUGACGGGCGCUGCCUCUGCCGAUACAGAGUCUUUUCCACGCACAAAGGUAUCUACGCCUGGCGUCCUAGACGACAGCAACAUUGAGGAUCGUCAUGGCUGGGUUCAUACACGCGAUACGGUCGACCAACAGGGACGAGUGAAUAUUCAGGCCGGCAAGCCCUCACGCACCAUGCAACGCUUGGAGGAAGAACUGCAACAGCAGCGUGAGAAGAUGACGGCGAUGGUGGCCGGUCAGAUUGCGCCGGAGAGAGUAUGGCACCAACGCGAUAGUGCUUCUCAUACGGACUCGUCAUCGAUGGUAUCAGCCUUUGCUUCUAUUCCCAGCGAGGAUCGCUCAGAUCGAGACUCGUUUGUUUCUGCCCCUGAAGAGGUAAGGCAGCCGUGGCGACCGUCGUCACCCUCUGCCUCCUCCACUAGCAGUGUGCCCCCCAUUACGCCCACUGUCUCUACGACAUCCUCAGGCGAAGACACGGCGCCGUUCCCACGCACGCCUCAGGCGCCGACCACACUUGUUCAACCUACGCCCAAAUACGCCACAGGCUCGCUGAACUUUACCUUUGGGGAGCGUGAAUCUCCUGUCCGCAGUAUCGGGCCAUCGCCAAGCCAGGACUUACCACCGUCUAGGCCCACACGACCGAUGUCUACAGGCUCUCUGCUCCCUCAUGGGGAGGGGCAUCAUCAUCAUGGCACGCCAUCGUGGCUCUUGGCGCCCAUACCAGGCGCAGCAACACACGAAGAACGGUCACUGUCUACUCCCCGUCGCUCGCCGGGCCUGCACUUCUCCGCCUUGAAAUUGGAGCGAUGGCACCCGCAUGGGGUAGGCGUCAAGCCUUUCCAUUUGCGCCGCCAUUCGCAUGGAGCGAGUAUACAUGACGCCCCAACGCCCAGCCGUCGUAGUUCCGACCGGCCAUCCACACCUGAAUCGCUCAGUUCCCUCCUGCCUGAGCCGACUGACGUUAGAGUGGGUGUGGUUCACCAGCGCAAGACAUCCAUAUCAGAGUCUCUGCUGAGCAAGAUGAGCUCAUCCCACGCACCGGCACGUCCUAAGCCAGAGGUCGAUGAGGUCAUCUCCCUGCAUCGCAAUCGGGAGAUGUACUUGGACAAGGAAGAGGGAUGGCGCAUGCCGUCCGACAACGAUGCCGUCGCGCCGAAAGCGAGCGCACCGCCUAUUCUGUCACGGUACUUUGAUUUCUUGCUGCCCAAAGAGAAAGAGGUGAAGCAAUUGCAGGAUCAUGCUACCAAGAUUCUCAAACGUGAUCGCAUGCUUGUCAAAGUGCGUGUGUCCAGCCACAUGGACAUUAGUGCGCACCUUGAUGCGCUCGAGGCCCGUCGGUACGAAAUGCGUUCGUACAAAUGGGAGGAGUACAUCGUCGUCUUGCGGCCAGGCCGCGUCGAGUUUUGGAGUGUGGCGUCUAUUCGCGGCCACGUACUAGGGGACAUGGAGUACUACAAGCUCCGAUACUCUGUCGCCCUAAAACCCGGCGAAGUUUCCCUGUCGCUUUACUCUGAAGUCGACCGCUUAUUCUGCCUCUCAUUCCCACGCGCAGAGGGCGGCAGUCGUCGUGGUGGCCUGCCGUUCCGGCGGCAUGGUACGACGGUGCUCAUCAUGGCUGCGCGCGCUUUCUCUGUGGCAUCUGAUUGGAUGUGGCUCCUAUGGCGCGAACUGGGCGGCGGUCUUCCACGGCAUCUCCACGUUCACAUCCCAAGCAUUUCGCUGCGUGUGCGUGUGCCGAUGCCACCUGCCUCUGUGCUCCAGAGCAAGCCGCGUGAGUACGAUGCUCAGAUAGCGUCGUGCGAUACGUUCGACACGGACUACAUGCGCAUGAUGGCAUCGUGGGUCAUCAACGAGACGUCACGUUUGGCUGUGCGGGACCCCCAAUGGGCCUCGCUCAAGCAGGAUAUGGAUGGCAGUGGGAAGAUUCCCGCGUUGAUCUGGCGUAGCGGUACGACAUUCAACCGUGUCCAGUACGAUGUAUCCACGACAGGCGAGCCACGGUACUGGAACCUGCUGGUAGGCUUGCUGGUGACAAGUCGUCGACAUGCGCCUGUGCUGGAAAUGCUCGUGCGCAAUCAUUAUCCCACGGAGGCUCUCCAUCCUCGAGGCUUUGUGCUACGUGAGCCUGAGGCCGUGGAAGGCUUUGUCCUUCGCUUGCGUGUCAUGUCAGGCAUCAUGACCCGAGUGUACUUAUCGGUGCAUGACGGGUGCCUCUUUUUGCUGCGUGACUCGCAUGCGUUUGUGCCUGACAGGUACUCGGGUGUUCCCCUCCCAGAGGUGGACGGGCUUACUCGAGAAAAGCGCAUUACGCAGCGCGUGUCCAAGUUUCUGGACUACGAGCGUGAGCGCCAAUGGCAGCAGCUCAAGCACAGCGAUGGCUUUAUUGAUCUGCGGGAAGUCUGUGCUAUCGGGAACGUGGGAGCCAACGUAGUGCUCUGCACAGAGCUCUCGCGGCAUUCCGUACACUUGGGCCACGUCCCUGAUCCUCACUUACUCAUGCAAGAUUUGAAAUGGCUGGACGACUAUGACGGUACACGGGCCUCGGUGGAAAAGUACCUGCCGCCCCCUGUCGACGAUAUCGGCGGCACUGAAGGGCUCCACUCCGCCCCUGAUCGGCAAACAGCCAAGCUCUUACGCCAGUUCGAACUGUACCUGGACAAUGGCCGUCGCGUCACCUUUGAAUGUGCUAGUGCGUCACUGGCGCGUGACUGGAUCGUGCACUUGUUCAUGCUCUCAGUAUACUGGCGCAGCCGUCAUCGCAGUUACGUACGUCGGCUGAUGGAGGCCGGGGGCAAUGGUCUUCAGCAUGGGCGCAAUGAGGAUCACAUCGAGGACUUGGCUUCAAAUUCGUUGUCCUACGUAUGGAACUGGUGUGCGCUGGACCGAUGCCGGGCCAUCAGCAUCCAAGGCGAACUGUUCUGGCGCACAAAUGCGCGCCAGCCAUUCCACAAGCGUGUGUUUGUGGUAAGUGAUGGCCAGUUGCUUUCGUUCAAACUCAUGCAGUCGAUUCGCACAUCGACACGCCGACGAAACGAGGGCAUUGUAUACCGUCGGAAAGGCGCGCCUAUUUCUCUGUGCGAUGCCUAUGUCUAUACGGGCUCUCUCGCCGAUCGAUCCACUGACCUCCAUGGCGACGAUGGCGUGCCUACACGCUUUGGCACACGGGAGCAGCAAGAUGUGCACGAGGCCCUCCCGCGUCUUUAUCGCGAUGGCCUCACAAGUGCACAGUCCAAUGAGGAUUGCACGUUUGUUCUCCGCGCGCGGUCUCGCUUUACGUCGGGGAAGUGGUGGCAUCCCUUUUCUUCUUCGCAUGGCGAGACCCCUACAUGCAAACGCACCGACUUUCUCGAGAUCACUUUCCGAGCCCGCACGACGCUGGAGCGCGAUGUAUGGGUUCGUGUCCUCAGCGCCGAAAUCGAAAAAGUGGUGCGCGCCCAUCCCCAGCGAGAAGAUUGUUUACGACACUUUGGACGUAUACCAUCAUGA